AUGGAAGCAUUCGCGAAGUCCCCGCGCGCCUUCUACCGGGCUUUCGGCGCAACGCGGUCACCACUGUUCCAUGCUGUUUCGAUACGAAACCUGCCGGUUGCUGCCCGUACCCAGGGCCAGGCACCCUCGCGAAUCCUGCGCCGAGUCCCCGCCCGCCCGUUUUCCCAUGGCCCAACCCGACAGCGACAGCGACAGCGUUGGGGCCACGAUCCCGAGGAGCAGUUGCGCAAUGCCAAGCCUCUGAUCACGAACCACGGCUUCGGGCGGUUCGUCCGGUCGCCGAGCACGCACACGGUGGCGCUGCUCGCGGUGGUGGGCGCGAUGGUGUUCUACAUCAGCAACCUGCAGACGGUCCCCGUGAGCGGACGGCGGCGCUUCAACUGCUACAGCCAGAGCACGGUCGAGGCGGUCAGCGAGCAGCAGGUCAAGCACAUCAUAUACGAGCUGGAGAAGAGCGGGGGGCGGUUCCUGAGCGAUUGGGACCCGCGCACGCAGAUGGUCAAGCGCGUCAUGCGGCGGCUGAUCCCCGUCAGCGGGAUGGAGGACUCCGAGUGGGAAGUUAGAGUUAUCGACGAUCCACGCCAGGCGAAUGCGUUUGUGCUCCCCGGCGGCAAGGUCUUCGUUUUCAGCGGCAUCAUACCCAUCGCGCGGACCGAGGACGGACUUGCUGCGGUUCUGGGACACGAGAUUGCCCACAACCUCGCGGAUCACAUAGGCGAGCGCAUGUCGGGGCAGAUUGGUAUCAACAUUUUGCUGGGCAGUGUUGUUCUGCUCACAGCACUAUGGGGAGGCGCACUGCUGGGUACCCAACUAUUCGGCGGCACGCUCCUGGAUUUCCUGUUCUCAAGACCGAUGGGUCGGAAACAGGAGUCGGAAGCAGACUACAUUGGACUCAUGAUGAUGGCCGAGGCGUGUUAUAAUCCCGAAGCCGCGCUUUCCUUCUGGCAGAGAAUGGAGUCUCACAGCCAGAUGGAGCCACCGGAAUGGAUGAGCACACAUCCUUCAAACCACAACAGGAUUGAAAAUAUCAAAGAGUGGCUACCUAAAGCCAUGGAGAAGAGAUGUCUGAUUCGCUUUUCGGGUCUUGACAUGUUCAUUGAUCUACACUACCCGAACAGUUGCUUGUUCACUGGAGGCGGCCCUCUCGUGAUCUUGGCGCAUCCGGCCGGCACCAAUGACGUUGGAGGAGCAGUCAUCCCUGCCCGCGCUUGUGCCGAGGUUCACCUGAGUCGCAUUGUCACCCUCGACCUUUUGACACCAUGGGAGCCGGCGCAUAUCAAUCACCACAUCUUCCUGGCCAGUCUGCUUGCCUGCCUGUGUCGCUGA